AAAUUACAUUAACUUUAGCCAAAGAAUUUGGUGUUUGUGUUCAGUGUCUGAGAGAUAAUCCCUCAAAAAACCUUGGAAUUUCCCUAAUGGUUUAAGCGUCCUCGAUAAGGACUCUGUACCUGAUAGGUUAUUCUGGAGGCGACUAUGGGGUGGAGGCUGACUAGGCCAGAGUGACUUACCUCGUGAUGAUUACCUCUUGGUGGCCAGGCCAGAGAGCCCCACCUUCUGAUACCUCAUGAUGAUCUUGUGAUACCGGCUGAUCUCAGGGGAGAGGGGCUGGAGUUUGUAUUAUGUAAUGAGACCCCCAACAGAAGUUCUGGACAUAGAAGCUCCAUGGGCUUCCUUGUUGGUGAGAGACAUCAAUGCAUGUGGGAGGGUAGUGCGUGCUUUGGCACAUGGAAGCUUCAUACUGGGAAUCCUCCCAGACUCCCUUCAUUUGUAUCCUUUUUUGCUAUAAUAAAGCUGUAAUUAUGUGUACUACAGCACUUUUUGUGAGUUCUGUGAGUCAUUCUAGCAAAUUACCGAACCCAAAGGAGUAGUAGGAGCCAGCAGGUCAGACGUGAGGGAGCCCAAGAGGGACUCCCAAGCUUGCAGCUGGCAUCUUGAAGAGUAGAGGGAAACCUCAAACUUGUAGCCAGCAGGUCCGAAGUGAGGGUGUCAUGAGAACUCCCAGACUUGCAGCUGGCAUCUGCCUGUGUGGCAGUCUGAAGGAUGGUGUCCUUUUAACUUGUAGGUCUGGCCUAGUUCCAGGUGGCUAGGGUCAGAGAAGGAGGUGCUUCCUGGGCAGCUGGUGUCAGAAGUGAACAAAGAAAUGCAAAGUGGAGAUUUGAUUUAUGUUGAUUAUUAUCUCCAUACCCCCCUAACUGUGUCUCCCUCCUGAUGCAGUUUCACAGAUCCUGCCAUCUCCAUGGACCUCCUCCGUGCUGUCCUGCAGCCUAGCAUCAAUGAGGAGAUCCAGACAGUCUUCAACAAGUACAUGAAGUUCUUCCAGAAGGCAGCACUGAAUGUACGAGACAACAUUGGGGAAGGAGUGGAUGCAGAGCAGCUGAUCCAGGAGGCCUGUCGCAGCUGCUUGGAGCAGGCUAAGCUCUUGUUUUCAGAUGGAGAAAAAGUCAUACCCAGGCUGACCCAUGAGCUUCCAGGGAUAAAGCGUGGCCGGCAGGCAGAAGAGGAGUGUGCCCAUCGAGGAAGCCCCGUCCCCAAAAAGAGGAAGGGACGGCCUCCUGGACACAUCCUGUCAAAUGACCGGGCAGCCGCCGGCAUGGUAUGGAAACCAAAAUCCUGUGAGCCAAUUCGCCGAGAAGGCCCCAAGUGGGACCCAGCUCGGCUGAAUGAAUCCACCACCUUUGUGUUGGGAUCUCGAGCCAACAAGGCCCUGGGCAUGGGGGGCACCAGAGGGAGGAUCUACAUCAAGCACCCACACCUCUUUAAGUAUGCAGCUGACCCCCAGGACAAGCACUGGCUGGCAGAGCAGCAUCACAUGCGGGCAACAGGGGGGAAGAUGGCCUACCUUCUCAUCGAGGAGGACAUCCGGGACCUCGCUGCCAGCGAUGACUACAGGGGCUGCCUAGACCUGAAGUUGGAGGAGCUGAAAUCCUUUGUCCUUCCCUCCUGGAUGAUUGAGAAGAUGCGAAAGUAUAUGGAGACACUACGGACAGAGAAUGAGCAUCAUGCUGAAGCACCUUCACAGACCUGAGGCUGGGUCCCUGGCAACACUUGGAUGCCCUCUUCCAAGGCCCUCUCUCCCAUGGCUGAGGCCACCGCUGGGCCUGCUCCCAGCAGGGAUCUCGGCAGCAUUACGCUGUGCCUGGGCCAGCUUGUAGUGACUCAUUGCACAGCACCCCCAGACUGGCAUGUGGUUCUGUAUUUGUAAAGUUACUGGGAUAAGAAGCAAUUAAAUGGUUUGUAAUAAACACAGAUGGUG